AUGAAAAUUGAAUGUCAAAUUUGUUUUGAAUAUCAUCCAAAAACUUUAUUCACUAAAAUUACUGUGAAUUGUAAUCAUGGAUCAAAUAUUUGUAAAUUAUGCAUUAAUAAGCAUAUUACAAUUAAAUUAGAUAGUCAAAGUGAUAUAAAAAUCAAUUGUCCAUUUAAUAAAUGUAAUCAAAUUAUACAAAUUAAUGAUAUAAGAAAGAUUAAUAAAAAAUUAUAUGAAAGAUAUAAUACUUUAUUGCUUCAUCAAACGUUAAGCAAAAUCCCAGAAUUUAGAUGGUGUAAAAAUUCUGGAUGUAAUUCUGGUCAAAUUCAUUUUGGAGGAGAUGAUGCUCCUAUAAUGACUUGUCAAGCUUGUAAACAAAAAUUUUGUUACACUCACGAUAUUCCUUGGCAUGAGGAUUCAACUUGUUCUAAUUACGAACUUAUUAUCAGACAAGGUAAUGACAAAGCAACUCAAGAUUUACUCGAAAAAGAAACAAAACCAUGUCCAAAAUGUGGAAUAAGAAUCAUGAAGGAAGAUGGGUGUGAUCAUAUGGCUUGCAAAAUUAGGACUUGUAAAUACGAAUUUUGUUGGUUGUAA